UCUUCGCUCUCCAUGUACAAUUUGGCUCGUAACUAAAACUGGAUCAUCAUCUUUAUCAUCGUUGGCUUUUCUUCUUCUUCUACCAACCUCAAGUGACUCUGAGUCUCUGACUCUGCGUUUUCAAGCUUGUACAAAUGUGCAUAAGGGAAGAGAUUGUACAUGCAUAAAUAGUUGGAUCCCAGAAACCAGGAUCAAACUCUUACCUCGGUCUACAGCUAUGGCUACUACCAAGAUAUACAUAGUGUACUACUCUUUACAUGGACAUGUAGAGACUAUGGCGCGUGAAGUACAGCGAGGAGUUAAUACAGUUGAAGGUGUUGAAGGAACACUUUGGCAGGUCCCUGAGACACUUCCAGAUGUAAUAUUGCAAAAGAUGAAGGCCCUUCCUAAGCCAGAUGAUGUGCCAGUGAUAAGGCCGGAACAACUUUUGGAAGCAGAUGGUUUUCUCUUUGGAUUUCCAUCGCGUUUUGGUGUAAUGUCAGCGCAAUGCAAGGCCUUCUUUGACUCCACACAUGAAAUAUGGGAAACACAAGCACUUGCCGGCAAACCUGCUGGAAUUUUUUGGAGUACUGGAUUUCACGGGGGAGGUCAGGAGCUUACUGCAUUAACAGCAGUAACACAGUUGGCGCAUCAUGGCAUGAUAUUUGUCCCUCUCGGUUAUACAUUUGGAAAGGACAUGUAUGAGAUGAACGAGGUGAAGGGUGGCUCUUCUUACGGUGCCGGAACAUUUGCAGCAGAUGGAUCUCGUGAACCAACAGAGUUGGAACUACAACAAGCCUUUUACCAGGGCAAAUACUUGGCUGGAUUUGCAAAGAAGCUUAAAAACUAACUUUCGGGUUUGGUUUCACCACAACAUAAACAUCUUCAACCUGGUGUAUACAAUUGUGCUCAAAGUAUACUACGGCCCAAUUUGGGAUUGAUGUGUUGUGAG